CACAAUUCUCUAGUAGCUGGUCUCCUACACAGGCUAUGCACAUGAGCCCAUUCCCUCUCUGGAUGUGGAGCUAGCUCAAGAGGAUGUACAAGUAGUCUGCUAGGACCCAAUCAUCUCCCUCUCUCUCGGCACUUGCAUAGAGGGAUGAUCUGAUCACCUAGACCUCUUAAACACACACUCUCUCACCUCCGUCCGAGACACAAGCCUAGACCUUAUGCAUGGCCGGACACAUCUGAUCAUACACAGACACACACUCCUUCGCUCUCUCACGCUCAUACACAGACACACACAGCUCUUAGUCCGACCUAGAGAGGGGGAGAGGCAUCAGCCAUCAGGGGCCUUGGAGUCCCAUCAGUAAAGCACAUGUUUCCUUUCUGUGAUUCCCCAAGCCCCAUGGACAUGCCGCUUUACCAACAGCUGCAGCUCAGCCCAGCCUCCCCAAAGCCGGACCAAUCCAGCAGCUUCUUCUACUACCCUUGCUCCCCUCCCUUCACCGCCGCCGACGCCAGCUUCCACCUCAGUUACCAUCUAGGCAGUGCCGCUGCCACCCCGCCACCCGCCGUGAUCGACUCGCCGGAGCUGCCGAUGCACCCGGUGAUGGAGCAGCCGCCGGCACCAAAGCUGGACGCCGGCAAUGCACAAGGUGCCAGCCUCGACAGGGCGGCGGCGGUGGCGAGGAAAGACCGGCACAGCAAGAUAUGCACCGCCGGCGGGAUGAGGGACCGGCGGAUGCGGCUGUCCCUCGACGUCGCCCGCAAGUUCUUCGCACUCCAGGACAUGCUCGGCUUCGACAAAGCCAGCAAGACGGUGCAAUGGCUCCUCAACACGUCCGAGGCCGCCAUCCAGGAGAUUAUGACCGAAGACGCGUCGUCGGAGUGCGUGGAGGACGGCUCCAGCAGCCUCUCCGUCGACGGCAAGCACAAGUCGGCGGAGGAGCUGGGUGGAGGAGAUCAACAGCAGAAGGGUAAUGGCCGCAACGAGGGGAAGAAGCCAGCCAAGGCAAGAAGGGCAGCGACCACCCCCAAGCCGCCUAAAUCGGGCUUUGCGCACCCGGUCCCCGACAAGGAGGCGAGGGCGAAGGCGAGGGAGAGGGCGAGAGAGCGGACGAGGGAGAAGCACCGGAUGCGGUGGGUGAAGCUUGCAUCAGCAAUCGACGUUGAGGCGGUGGCUGCGGCGAGGGACCAGCCGAGCACUAACAAUUUGAACCACCACUCAUCGUCCAGGAACAUGAUGACGAGUGCUGCAGCUGAAUUGGAGGAGAUGUGCUCAUCAACUCUCAACAAUGGAGGAAGGACGCAAGAAAUCUCAACCGCGAACGAGGCAGACGACGUGAUCCUAGCCUUCGGCCAUGGAGGAUAUGGCGGCAGCAACUACUUGUGCCAAGAACAAUGGGAGCUCGGUGGAGUCGUCUUUCAGAACUCACGGUUCUACUGAACACGAGCACCACCAACGUACGGUACUAGAACUAGUCUCUGCAGUUACACAUAUCCUUGCCCCAUCCCAUGAGCUCGUCAAUAAUUUCUUGCGUUAAUAUGUGUGUAUUUCUCUUUCUCGCCUUCGUAAUUGACUGUGUGACGAUGAACCUGGUUUGGUCAUCGCAUGAUGUAUUAUGCCAGCAUGCACUCUGUUGAUUCAUUAAUGGUAUCUAAUCUAUGUUAACUUUUGU